AUGGAUCUUAUCAGGCGAGACGUGAUGCGCUUCGUGCUGCUGGUGCUAGUCGUGUCGCUGACGGGGCCGGCGGCGGCGGAGGACGAGGAGGAGGCGAACCCCUUCGUGGAGGCGGCCAAGGCGCUGCUGCAGGACCAGCUGCAGGGCAAGGGCGCGGGCGGCGGGCUGGCGGCGGUGGGCGGGCUGCUGCAGAACUUCAUGCAGAGCGACGGCGGGCGCCAGAUCAGCGACGCGCUGCUGUCCGCGGGGCGGACGGUGGGCGGCGGCGGCGGGGGUGACAGCGACGACGAAGCCCCGGGCGCGGACCUGCUGUCGGGGCUGGAGUCAACGACCCGGCCGACGACGCCAACAGAGCAACAUCGGACGUCCAACAACAAACGUGGGGACCAGCGGGAAAGGCGAAGGUCAAUGCGCCGUGCGCGGAAGCAGGCGGACGAGGGCGGGGACGGCGCGGGCGGCGUGGACUGGGGCAGCGUGCUCACCCUGGCCGGCAACUUCCUCUCCAGCCAGCAUCACGCCGAUCACCACCACGGCGGGCAAUCGUCCGGGCUGGAGGGCCUGGCGAGCCUGCUGCCGCUGCUCAUGCAGGCCAACAGCGGCGGAGGCGGCGGGGGCGGCGCGGGGCAGGCGCGCCGCGGCGACGUGGGCGGGGCGAAGCCCUCGCUCUUCGGGCCCGCCCUCGACGCCCUCUACCACUACUGGCUCCACUUCACGCACUCCGAGUUCGGCCAGACGCUGUGGAAGAGCAGCGGGCUCGAGGCCACGUCCAAGCUCUUCACGGACCAGGAUGGGAAGUUCGACAUGGAGAGGAUAUACAGGUCUCUGGAAAACGCCAGUUUCAGGAAGAGGUGGAUUAAGAACUUGUCGGCCUUCGUUGCUGAUUGGGUUGCUCACGUCUCCGAUCCGUCCACACAGGCCAGAUUUUUCUCCACUGCGCAAUUCAUGGGAAAUAGUUUUUUGAAAGCCCAAGGUUAUCCUAAGGCAGCACUUUUUGACCCAGCAAAGCCAGCUGAAUCAUUGAGCAGAAUGGUGAAUUCUGUGUUCAAACGGCAAUUUAAUUUAAAAAUAAACUCUGCUACGUACAUAAAGCCUGCCGUUUCUUACUUACAGGAGGUUUACAGUCUUGGACAAGCUCAAGGUCUAAGUUUUACUCAUCUUUCUUCAAAACAAAUCGAAUCGAAGUUGACAGAAACUAUUAAUAGUGAAUUAAUAGAGCCCGCACUAAGAGUGUGGAGAGCUUACCGUUUUGCUCUGAAAGAGCCCACAUGUGAUAAAUAUGUGAUCUGCUUUGUGAAUACGAAAGAUGACAAGCUGAGCACAGGACUGAAGCCAGGAGUGACGAAGCUCAGCAGGCCAAAUAUCCUGCCGAAUGUAGUGAAUUUCAUGCAGAAGAUAUCAAAGCCACCACAGAAUAUGCUCAUAGUGAACUCUGAAAUGUGUGAAAAUCAAUGGGAAAAUAGCAUCAACGUGACUUUCCUAGUUCAAUAAGAGUUUGUGGGCAUGUUUAUGAAAACUGUGUUUGCCUGAGUGUAUGUGUAUGAAAAAUAAGUAAUUUAAAAAAUGCAAAUUAUUCAAGACUAUUGAGAAGAAGAUUGAAUUAAUGAUCAAGUUGUUGCCUUAAUGUAAUGAAUUUGUGUUGCACCUUCAUCUAUGCAAGUCAGUAGCACAGCCAGGGGGGAGAAUAUGGGGAAUCACAAUACACUAAAUACACUUUUUCUUGAUUAGGGCAUGCAUCUCAUGGAAAAGUCUUUAAUUUGCAAGAGGAUAGGUUGGUGUGGGGAUUACACAGUGUUAUCUGUGACAACAACUACAAACUCUCCCUUUUGUUAAUCUUGGCUCUGCUACUGAUACACUUUCGCAAAGAAAAUAAUUUAGUAUGUUGAGUGACUUGUUUUCAAGCUUUAAUUUAUAAAUUCAUUUUUAAAGAAAUAGAAAAUAGUGUUCACUUUUCAUGUAUAAAUUAAUCCUUAAAAUCUUUUCCAUUAUACAGUUAUCCUGUACAUUUACAAAGUAGAAUUACUACAAAAUUGUCAUGGAUUUUUACUGCAAAUAUCAUAUAAUUUGAACACACAUCAGCAACUGUGAUAUUAUAGAUAAUGCUUUCAACCAUAGAAAGUUCUCUAUUAAAUUAACUAUAAAUGUUCAAGAAUAUCUGAAUUACAAACAUUGAUCAUUUACUGUAUCUUUUGAAAAGAAUACAAAACAGAAAAGCAAUUAGAUAUACUUUCAAUACAACACAGGUACUACAUCAAGCUCUAUUUUUUUAGGUUCAACACUUAAUUUGAUAUGGUAAGAACUGGAGGUGUUUGAACUUGACAAUUUCUUCAGUUAACUGCAAAAAAUUAUAAACUAUACAUACAUUGCAUAUUAUUGUAGUGAGAUUGAAU